AUGGAACAGAUGUUGAACCAAAACAUAUUGACUGUCCUAGGCCAGGAAAACUGCGGGAUUAGUGGAAAGUUCAGAGGCAGAUUUAAUUUAGUUAAAUGGAAGAAGAUGGAGCCUCUUGCAUCUGCUGAAAAAGCUAAGAUAGAUGCAAAUAUCUACCAGACGGUCUACUUUCCGGAUACCACAUCCCAUCGUAUCAUCCAAGCCGAGAAGAAAACAUCAAAAUCAAAACCGGAAUUCGAACCAGACACAGCUUCUUCAAUUCCCAACCCUUUUACAUCUUUAUUGGGCCGAGAGAGUCCAAAGACUAAAUGA